AUGUCUUCUGAACCUCCUUGCAAAAACGAUAAUCUGAAUAGAUUUUAUCUAGCAAUUAGUCGAGAUGGAAGAUAUUCUGCAACGUUCGAUGCGGCAACCCGUCACGUUAAAAUUUUAAAAACUAUCGAUCAUCAAGAACAGAAUAAUAUUGUUGCUCACUUUAAAAUAAAGGAUGAAGAUUUAUCUAUCCAAAAAUUUUACGAUAAUCUUCCGCCAUCCCAAAAUCUGAAUGUUAUUGUCAAAGAUAGAUGGUCGAUCGACAUAUCCAAUGACGGAAAUUUUAUAUUUAUAGCAGUUUCUAUAUUACAAGACGAAGAUAUUAAUGAGAACAGUACAAUGGUUGCAAAAAAUCUCGCUGAUAAUAAUAGAGAAUAUUGUAUAACAUUUAGUUCGGAAAAUUCAAAGUUAGCAGAUUUUAAAACCGCUAUUUAUUGUCUUAAAUUAAAUGAAGACGACGUUAAUAAAGUUGAUUAUAGCUUUAUUAAAUAUAAUUAUAAUAGAUUAUCAGGAAUUUGUAGAUUUGCGGAAGAGAAAAUGGAUAAUGUUUAUCCUCAAGGCCAAGUACAAGCCAAUUUGAUGCAGACUCAAGUGUAUAAUAAUGUAGGAUCGUCACCAUCUACUUCUACUACUUCUGUAACGCAAGUGGAAGGAACUCAAGCAACUCUCGACGCUCGUAUUAAACCAGAUUAUAAUUUAAAAAAAUUUAUUUUAUUGAACUAUAAUAGUAUAUAUAGCUUUAAAUAUAAUUUGAAACAUACAACUUUUAGCGAAGUAGAGAAAUUUAAUUAUCCAGAUGAGGUUAAGAAGCAAUUAGAAGAAUAUAAAAAAAAUACACAGGAUCGCACAAGUCUACUCUUGUCACAUAUUUAUAAAAAAUAUUUUAUUAUUAAAGACAACAAAGAUAGCAGCAAAAAUUUUCAAGACAACUCAAGAUUUCAAGAUAACAGUAAAAAAGUUCUUGAAGUUUAUGAUCUAGGAAAAAUGAGAUUGGAAACUAGUAUAAAGAUCGGUGAUGACGACACAAACCUUGACGACAAAGUUUACUCGAUCGAUAAACAAGAAUUACAAUUUUGUAUUGCUACAGGACCUCAAUCUAUUGGGAUAUUCCUUAUGGAACAUGGAUCGAAAAUUGCAUCCAAAUCAUUUGAAGAAUUCGAUAUACGUAAAAUCCAUUUAAUUGAAUUCAUCAACAGCGAUGAGAAAUUAUUUUUGAUUGUCA